AUGCCCAUAAUGUGUCCAAAAUAUGCGAAGAGUGUACAAAAUUGUCGCCAAAAAAAUCUGAAAGCGCUUCCAGUAGUGGCAGACGUGACUAAAGAGGCAGAUCUCGACCGACUUCUCGACACUACUAUCGAAACGUUUGGCAAAUUAGAUAUUUUGGUCAAUAAUUCAGGGAUUGGGAGCUUUUGCCACAUAUCAGACGCCGAUAGGGUGACCAACCGUACAGGUAUGUCGGGAUAUGCGAUGUCAAAGGCAGCGAUGGAUAUGUUCACCAAAUGUAUUGCCGUUGAUUUGGCCUCAAAAGGCAUACGCGUUAAUUCAGUCAAUCCCGGGGCUGUUCGCACAAACAUUAUGAGAAAUAUGCCGGUUACUGGUGAGCAAGGUGGAGCCAUUUGGGACGCUAUGGAAAGUAAAUACCCGGUUGGCAGUGGUUUUGGUGGUGGCAAUGGGGGCGGCAAUGGAGGUGGAGAUGGAGGCGCAGGCGACGAAGACGACAACGGG